UUAUUAAAUGGAAUUAUUAUAUGGACACUGUUUAAUUAUCAUGUAUAAAGUAAUUAUGGAGAAAUACAAGAAAAAUUAGGCAAGAACAAGAAAAAAGUGGUACUAACCUAUGGCUAUUGAAAAGCAACCUCUUAACUUGAAGGAGGGAACUAGAACAUGAUAAUUAACCAGUACCAAGAUCACAAAAAUGAAAAAGCAUAAGCCAACUCAUUCCUGAAUCCCAAGAGACAACAAGACAAUCUCUCCAACCAGACUUGCCACCCAAUUACAGUGGAAAGCUAGAAGUAUCAAAUCCCGCAUAUAAUUAAACUCCAAAAAGCUUUACACGAGUCGAAACUCCCACCUGAAAACUUGCCGGAAAACUGCUGUCAACUGUGUCUGUAUGUCAGAGAGAGAGAGAGAGAGAGAGAGAGAGAGAAGUCUUUGUUGCCGUGAAGUAAAGUUGACGUUUCCUCACACCAUCACUUCUUCCACAUCAUUUAAUUCCUUCAUUUGCAAAAUUCUGAUAGUCUCAUAAAAGAGAAAAGUAAAGGCCAAGAAUGUUGCGCACUUAUUGGGAAUUGUGAGAUCAUGUUCAUCAUUGAUCUUAUACCUCUUGUUUUUGUUGUCAUCAAAGUCCCACUUCAAAACAAGAAUGACAAGCUUGGGGUGUUUAUGGGUGGGAAUUGGAAGACAAAGUGAUGAGCCUAUUUAAGGGAAGAGGCAAAACCAGAUAUAGAAGAGGCACAUCCCAUGCAACAAGGCCAUACCCAUGGAUGAGGUACCUGGCUCUCUGGGGACCAGCGCCAGCUUUUCUUUGAGAUUGGGCCAGGCUAUCUUUUCCUCUGCCUCUCUACUUUUCAUGUCUUUGGGUGUCGAAUUCUACAGCUACACCGCUUUCUGCUACUUGGUAACAAUCAUGGGUUUGGCUAUACCCUGGAGUUUCACUUUAGCCCUGGUGGAUGGAUACUCUGUUCUGGUUAAAUGCUCUAUCCGGCAGCCGGGUAUACUGCUGAUCAUUAUCGUAGGAGAUUGGGUAUUAUCCAUUCUCACACUGGCUGCAGCUUGCUCAACAGUUAGUGUUGUGGACUUUCUCCUCCAGUGUAAUAAUGGGGCAUAUUGCCCACCGAAGUUUUGCAGCAGAUAUCAGAUAUCAGCUGCCAUGGCUUUCUUGUCAUGGCUUCUGUCUCUGGCUUCAGCUCUGUUCAAUCUCUGGUUACUCCCCUCCUUGUGAUUUUGUCAUGAAUCUUGUACAUAAAUAGAGUCCGAGUUUUAAUGGAUGGAAGUUUUCAGUUGUACAAUUACAAA